CUCCCGCAGGCUCCACUGCCUGGCCACCACGCUGCGCAGCGAGGGCUGCCUCGGCAUGUACAGAGGUGCUGCAGUAAAUCUGACGCUAGUAACACCUGAGAAGGCAAUCAAGCUGGCUGCAAAUGAUUAUUUCAGGCACCUCUUGGCCAGGGAUGGAAUGGGCCUGACCAUACCCAGAGAGAUGGUGGCAGGUUGUGGUGCUGGAACAUGCCAGGUCAUCAUUACCACUCCCAUGGAGAUGCUAAAAAUCCAGUUACAGGAUGCAGGGAGAGUAGCAACUCAGCAGCUUGCUCGUGGAGUCCACUGUACAGCUCCUGGCUGCAAGCUGGUAGCUGUCAGCCCACCCCUGACUAGAGCAUAUAACAUUGGACCGGCUGCACUUACAAGGAGACGAUCUGCUACCCAGAUAGCGGUUGAGCUUCUGCGUACACAAGGCAUUAAAGGCCUUUACAAAGGUCUCGGCGCCACCUUGCUGAGGGACGUUCCCUUCUCCAUCAUCUACUUUCCAUUGUUCGCACAUCUGAACAGAGUAGGACAAGAUACUCUGGAGGGGAGAGCGCCAUUUCAUCGCUCUUUCCUAGCAGGAUGUGUGGCUGGUUCUGUAGCUGCUGUCUCUGUCAAUCCCUGUGAUGUAAUAAAGACACGCCUGCAGUCACUGAGCAAAGGAACAAAUGAGGAAAGCUACACUGGAAUAGUCGACUGUGCAAGGAGGAUUUGGCUGAAGGAGGGUCCAUCUGCCUUUCUGAAAGGGGCAGGCUGCAGAGCAUUGGUCAUUGCUCCUCUGUUUGGCAUAGCUCAAGUCAUUUACUUCAUUGGAGUUGGGGAGUUUCUGUUGGACCUUUCCCGAUACAGCAGAUUUUCAACCUAGUCUCUUCUCCAUUCUGUGGACAUCUUGGCACUGAACCUGCAGGAGUCGUCAGCCCAAAAAGGAACCAAGAACCAAACGGCAGCCCAGAUGGAUGGUGUGUCACCUGGAGCGUGGGACUUACUGGAACGAUUAACAUCAACCAGUGCUAAUGGAAGGCUGAGGCCAUGUUCCCAGCCUCACUAGUACUGCUCCUAAUCUUGGUGAUGCUGUUAUGUCCUCCUCAUACUUCCCAUGAUGCUUUUGUACCUUUGCACAGCUGUUGUUGGGACAUCAGAUGCUGUGGUACACUGGCUGCUGUGUUGUUAGCAUUUGAGAGGUGUAAAUCUCUACAUGCAAUAUGAUCAC